UGAGCAUGCGCAGUAGCCGGGGCUCUGGGAGUGUCUCGAGCGGCUCGUUGGAAGUGAGUCCAGCCCGCAGUCUCUGAACCGGGAGCGUCUGCGAACAAUGAACCGGUGAGCACCGGAGGACCGACGGCGAUGAUUUGGUGAAACGGAGAUGAAGGGACGCGCGAGGAGUGUCGAGGUGACGGUCCGGCGGCUCGGUAUCUCCGGUGUGACCUCUAACGGAACCGGGAACUAGUCGUUUGUAACACUUUGUUGUCUGCGGAGAUCAACGCUCGCGCAGGCGGCGCGGCGGUGCAUCGGCCGACUUGAAACGGGCAACGCGUAUUGUCAACUUCCACAGUAUCGGCAAUAAAACAGGCGACGCGUCUCACGGCUGAAUAUCGUUUUAUUGUAUUCAUUCACAUGAACGAGCAGAGCUGAGUAGUUACAGCAAAGUCGUUCUUUAUUUUUUUUAAAAAGGAACAUUUUGUUGUACUUCAUGACACUAAAUGUCCCUUAACAUUUAAGACUCAUUGACUUUUUGUAAAAUAAAUAAUAAUUGAGGCAGAAGCUGCUUGGUGUCAUGAGCUGGCCAUCUGCUGCGGAAACCUAUUUAAACCUGCAAGCAGAUUAACCAGAGAGGUCCAGGACGUGUCUGUGCCUCGGCUUCCUGCUGGAGGAGGGAUGCUGAGGCCCGUCGUGGGCUCAGUGGAGCUGAGAGAUGACGAGCAGGAGGAGGAAGGCGAAGAAGAGCUGAGGGAUGGAGGAGUGCCCUUCUUCGUGAACAGAGGAGGCCUCCCGGUGGACGAGGAGACGUGGGAGAGGAUGUGGCGCCAUGUGGCUCGAAUACACCCCGACGGAGACGCCGCGGGGAAGGAGAUCCGGGGUGCUGCUGACCUCCCCAAGAUUCCAACGCCGAGUGUGCCUACAUACCAACCCACCACCACCACCCCGCAGCGCCUGGAAGCAAUACAGAAGUACAUCAGGGAAUUGCAGUACAAUCACACGGGGACACAGUUUUUCGAAAUCAAGAAGAGUCGGCCUCUUACCGCGUUGAUGGACAUCGCUAAGGAGAUGACGCGGGAGGCUCUGCCAAUCAAAUGCCUGGAGGCGGUGAUCCUGGGGAUUUCCCUCACCAACAACAUGCCCGGUGUGGAGCGCUUCCCCCUCAGCUUUCAGUCUCACUUCUCAGGGAACCGCUUCCACCACAUCGUGCUGGGCGUCCACAGCGGCGGCCGCUUCGGCGCGCUGGGCAUCAGCCGCCGGGACGACCUCAUGUUCAAGGCCCUGGAGUUCCGCACGCUGACGGACUUGGUGCGGGAGUUCGAAGGCGCCUACAGGGGCUACUGGCACACCCUACGCAAGGUCCGGAUCGGCCAGUACGUGUCCCACGACGCUCACAGCGUGGAGCAGAUCGAGUGGAAGCAUUCGGUCCUCGACGUGGACAAGCUGACCAAGGAGGAGCUGCGGAGAGAGCUGGAGAGACACGCUCGAGACAUGAGGCUGAAGAUCGGAAAGCCGGCGCCGCCUUCUCCCACCAAAGAUCGGAGAAACAGCAUGGGUUCUCCCCUCAGAGGACCAGGCAGCCCCAUCCGGAGGAUCAGCCGCAUUGAGAGACGGUAUAACGGACCCUCUGGAGAGAAGAAAGCGUCGGAGCCGGAAUCCGCUGCAGACAUGAACGGAUACCAGAUUCGAGUGUGAAGAACUUUAGCUCGCUCGUAGAGCCACACGGUACCGCACACGUGUUCCACGGGCCCGGUUCUCCGCACACAUUGUCCUGUUCACGUUGAAUAGGUCACCAGCAACUUUCCCUCUCAAAACAAACGCCUCACUCAGCUUCCACACGUCCACGUUGUUCGAGGCUCCGCCUGACGCCGGGCUCAUUGGGGCUGGCAACGAUCCCAAAUGAUGACAAAUCGGACAAGAGUGCAGCACUUUGUAAACAUUGAAAAGAACUUAACUGAACCUACAAUGUGACUCUCUGCCACUCAGUGUACGUGUGUUAUUGGACCUAUCCUCGGCUUCUGUGGUGUUACGUUUCACACAAGCUCUCCUGCAGUCUGUCUCGUCGUACUGUAACGUGUGCAAAUUCAUGUCCUGUACUUUUUAAUCCACUUCGGCUCUGCGGGCAGCAUUUGCUUGUGUAGUGACGAGUUUGCAAACCACUACCCUCGUGCCUUGUAUGAAAACUCAGAGAGGAAAACAACCUUUUAUAUCCACCCCGUUAUUCUCAUAAUGUCCAACUAAACACGAAGCAGUGCAACCUCUGAUGAUAGUUUUUUAAAAUCUAAUAUCCAAAUGCUAGCACAUUUAGCAUGCCAUUGACAUUCUGAAGACUGAUGGGAUUGAACACACGAUAUACAAAAGUAUAUUCAAGAGCGUCGGGUCAUCUGUAAUGUGGUAAUAUGAGAGAAGUUAUUCUGUAUGAAUAUAUAAACCGUUCACGUGAGAUUACGAAGGCGACUCACAGCAACGCAGCUGACGGACCUCCUCUGCAUUUCAUGUGGAUGUGAAGUCACGAGAAGUCAAUGUAUAACUGAUUUAUAUAUAUAUACACAUAUAUACAUUGUUUCUGACUUUUAUUUGGAGCAAUUCUAUCUGAUAUUUCACUUGCCUUCCGUGGUGUGACUUCCGUUUCGGCUACGGUGUAAAGAACUUUGUUUACAGCACUUUUAUCUGCAUUUUGUAAUUUUUUUAAAUGUAAAUUGUCAUUUUAUACUUCCUACAGUGUUGGCGAUCACCAGUCGACCAAAAUUGACCACACACACUUGGAAAUGUGGCCCCAGCCAACGUUUGUAUGUGUAGAGUGGGUGUUGUCCAUUUUCAUUUCAGUGCAACAAUCAUUUUGCCCAAAAAGACUGUUUAUUUAUAAGAUCAUAAUAAAAGGGCCACAAGGAUCGUGGCAACACAUU